GCAUCCUCUUCCGUGCCCGUUUCAAAAUCCCCCUCCUUAUCUUCUUGUUCUUCUGCUUCCCUCGCUAUCAUCAAGAAGGAGAAAAAGAACAGUCUAAAAAAGAAUGAUGGUCUCCGCGCUUCAAUAGAAGUCCCUCGCUAAUGGCUACUCCGAAGGGCUCCUACAUUCUUCCUCUCCGCCCCUUUCCCUACCAUCCCUUCUACUCGCCUACUUCUUCGAGGCCCUCCUUUCGUCUCAAGAAACCCGUCUCUACGUGGGAUGCGAGGGCUUUCUCCUUGGAUAUACCCAAGAAAGUCAGGGCUUUGAGGUCCCGCGGAAGAGCAAGCGUUGGCGGGGGCGGCCCAGAGGUCCUUCGUUCCGGCUCCGAGGAGGAGCAGCGGCCUCCUUUUGAUAUCAAUCUCGCUGUCGUGCUCGCUGGGUUCGCCUUCGAGGCCUAUACCAGCCCUCCCAAAGAUGUUGGGUGGCGAGAAAUUGAUGCCGCUGAUUGUCAGACUGUGUUUUUGUCCAAGCAGUUCCUUCGCGAAGUAUAUGAUGGCCAGCUUUAUAUAAAGUUGAAGAAAGGUGAAGACUUUCCUGCAAUGGAUCCGUGGGGAACAAGUGAUCCAUAUGUAAUCUUGCAGAUAGAUGGUCAGGUCACAAAAAGCAAGGUCAAAUGGGGGACAAAGGAGCCAAUAUGGAAUGAGGAUUUCACUUUGAAUAUCCGGACAACUCCAACAAAAACUCUACAGGUUGCGGCUUGGGAUGCAAACCUUGUCACUCCACACAAACGCAUGGGAAAUGCAGCGGUUAACCUGGAAUCACUAUGUGAUGGAAACUCGCAUGAGAUGGUGGUCGAAUUGGGCGGGAUUGGAGGUGGUGGAAAGAUAUACUUAGAGAUUAAAUAUAGGAGCUAUGAUGAAAUUGAAGAAGACAAACAACGGUGGAGAGUACCUUUUAUCUCGGAUUUUCUUACGAAAAACAAUUUAGAGUCUGCUAUAAAAAUGGUCUUUGGAUCUGAGAGUGUAAAUGUUAGUCAAUUUGUACAAUUGGCAUUCGGACAGCUAAAACCAUUCAAUUAUGCUUAUCUUCAGAAACCUUCAACUUCUGAUAGUGAUAGUGAUGGAUCUAAAUUUGCUGAAAGAUCUUUAGAUGCAGUUGCUGAUUCAAAGCAAGUUGUAUUGCAGUCAAGCAGUUCGGAAAGCUCAGGACAUAACAUGAGUCCUGAGAGAGAGAAUAAUUUACCUGUUUCUCAUAAUGAUGCUAAUUUGAGUAGUUCUCAUAAUGAUGAUUCCAAGCAAGUUGUAUUGCAGUCAAGCAGUUCAGAAAGAUCAGGACAUAACACGAGUCCUGAGGAAGAGAAUAAUUUACCUGUUUCUCAUAAUGAUGCUAAUUGGAGUAGUUCUUCAUUGGAAAGAAAAGCUGAUGAAUCAGCAGCACCAGCUGAGUAUUUCUGGAAGGCUUUUGCUGACGUCAUCAACCAAACUGUUCUGCAGAAGCUUGGUUUUUCCAUUCCAGAGAUCAGAAUGUGGGAUGGAUUUGACUUGUUACAUAUGGUAAGCUUACAAUUGCGCAAAACUGCAGAGGAAGAAUAUGUUGAAUCUGGACUUGCAAGUCCUGAAGCAAAGGAUGAAAAUGACAGAAAGAGUGAUCCCCUAUCUACUACAAAUGGAACUCCACUUUUGGACAUUAAGAAAGUAUCCUGGGAUGUUCUAAGUCAAACAGAGGCAAUAUUCAGGGCAAUGAUGGUUCUUACUGCAACCCUUCCACAGCAGAAAAGGAAUUCACCUUCAGGGGUUGAAGAAGAGGAUAGGAAAGCUGCUUCUACGAUGGUACCAGACAUUAAAGAAUAUUCCAUGAAUAAAGUAGGAGAUAUUGCCGAAGAUGGAUUGCCAGUGGAUACACAGAAAGCAGAGGAAAUGAGGGAACUGUUUUCCAGUGCAGAAAGUGCUAUGGAGGCUUGGGCUAUGCUUGCUACUUCAUUUGGCCGUACAAGCUUUAUCAAAUCUGACUUUGAAAAGAUAUGUUUUCUGGAUAACAUUUCUACAGAUACACAGGUAGCCAUUUGGCGUGACUCCUUGCGAAGAAGAUUAGUUAUUGCCUUCAGAGGUACUGAACAAGCAAAGUGGAAGGACUUGCGGACUGAUUUAAUGCUUGUUCCUGCUGGGCUAAACCCAGAGAGACUAGGGGGCGACUUUAACCAAGAAGUUCAGGUUCAUAGUGGAUUCCUAAAUGCAUAUGACUCUGUGAGGAACAGAAUCAUCACGCUUAUUAAAGAUUUAAUAGGUUCCUCCGAAAGCAUGCCUAAGUGGCAUGUGUAUGUUACAGGACACAGUUUAGGUGGUGCACUGGCUACCCUGCUUGCUCUUGAACUUUCAUCCAGUCAAAUGGCCAAGCGUGGUGUGAUUUCUGUUACGAUGUAUAACUUUGGUUCUCCUAGGGUCGGGAAUAGAAGAUUCGCUGAACUCUAUAAUGAGAAAGUCAAAGAUAGCUGGAGAGUUGUAAAUCACAGAGAUAUUAUUCCGACCGUCCCUCGUCUGAUGGGGUACUGCCAUGUUGCUCAACCUGUUUAUCUUGCAGCUGGAGACUUAGAAGAGACUCUGAUAAAUAAAAUAGAUGGGUACCAAGGCGAUGUCAUUGGAGAAUCCACACCUGAUAUUCUUGUCAGUGAGUUUAUGAAAGGGGAGAAGCAGCUUGUGGAAAAAAUUCUGCAAACUGAGAUAAAUCUACUGAGUACAAUUAGAGAUGGAACUGCCCUCAUGCAGCAUAUGGAAGACUUCUAUUAUAUCACACUCUUAGAGAGUGUAAGAUCAAAUUACCGGAGGACUGACAGUUCAAGUGAGGAAGGUUGCCCAUCCACUGUGUGAGCUAACCUAUCAUUGCUGCAAACAUCAAAAUCCCUGCAUGCGCAUGUUGCUGUUCGAAUGACUGUUAAAGAGCAACACCUGCUUACAGCUUUAGCAUAAUAGAAUACUAAACAGCUAGCAUGUAGCCAUAUACUGAUUUUCAUAAUCUGAUAUAAAGUCAUGGACCUUAGCAUCUUUAAAUCAAGAUGGUCAUAUUGAGGGGGGAAAUGAAUAGAAGAUUCAUACGAAAUAUACCCAUUACAGAUGCUAUUUUCAUUAUACUGCCAAAGGCCUGUAUGAAUGUGGAACUGUCACUAGGUUUUAAUGUCUUCUUCAAUUUUUAUAUUGUACAAACAUGCAGUAUCUUUAUGGAUCAUAUUUGCUUAAUGUAUCUGAUAUCAUAUUUCUAGAGGAUGAUCUUUGCAUUAUGGUCCCCUGAAAACAAGAGGUCCAUUGCCUGUUGCUUUAACAUUGGUAAGCUGCAGCCUUGAAUCUGUGAAGUGGAUGAGCUUCAGUUACUACCAACAGCUAGGUCUACUAUUUAUCAGCUAAAUGGUACCUGAUGUAGUCAGAAGUGGUCCAGAAGCAUAAUUAGAAUGCCACAGAUUUAAUUGGUUAUUGUCUCAAAGCAUCAUUUUGCAGUUGUCCUGUCAUAGGGUCCUAACAUUCUUCUGCAGCAUACCUGCAUCAGGCACAAGCACAGAAUGAUAUUUCAUCCUGGUAAUAUCUAGCUAUCACAUUUGGAGUUUUGCUCUUGUGAUCAUAAACAACCAGCCAAUAUGGUUGCUGGUUAUAUAUCUACCAAUAUGAUCUGGUUUAACCAAUCAAACCUGCCAUUGCAGACUGCAGAAAAUAAUUCUUAGGUGGGUAAGUGGAGCUGAAGAACAAACAGAGUAGGAGACUAAGAACUGUAAUAAUGAUUAUUAACAUUAGCAACUCUGAUGAACAAAUGCUUCACAAUCUUUCAUUCUUUUUUAUUUUAUUUUUCUUCUUUUGUACUUCAUCACUUGAGGAGCAUUUUUUGUUAUCAUUGAUUGGAUUGUGGAAGAGGUACAUUCAUUUACAGAAUCAUUCAGAAUGAAUGGCUCUUCAGGUGAAAGUUGUUGAACCAUUCCAUGGUGCUAUAGAGGCUAUCGAGGUGUGCAUGCCUGCUUGCCAACUGGUUAGCAUCUUGUCACUAUGGAAGGAGCGCAAGAAGGUAAUGGAACAAGGGAGGCACUAGAGAGCAGGUCGGUUUAGAAGACUAACUCUAGUCUAAACUUGACCAGGACUAAAGGGCUAAUCUGACUUGUUUUUGACUAUAGUCAGAGGAGUAACUCUAGCUAGAACUUGUCCAGGGCCAAUGGACUAACCUUGACUAGGGUUAGAGGACUAGGCAAAAUAACCAUGAUUAGGGGACUAAGCUCGACUUGAAUUUGAUAAGGGUUAGAAGAGUAAUUCCAGCAUGAGCUUAACAAGGGUCAUAAGCUCUCCUUGAAUUGAAUUUUGCUAACGUUAGAGAACUAACCCCAGUAUAAGCUUGAUGAGGAUCAGAACACCAAUGCUCACUGGAAUUUGAUUAGGAUUAGAGGACUCAUCCUGGCAUAAGCUUGACUAGAAUCAAAGGACUAAUCUUAGCUUCAAUUUGACCAAGAUCAAAAGACUAACUUUAGCUUGGAUUUGAUCAGAUUCAGAUGAGUAACUUUAGCCUGAAGGUAGAUUUAGAGGACCAACUCUAAUUAAGACAACUAAGGUUAGAGAACAAUCUCUAGCAUGAGCUUUACCGGGGUCAGGGGCUAAUCCCAGCCUGGAUUUAAUUAGGGUCAGAGAUCCAACCCUUGCUUGGGUUUAAUGAGAAUUGGACGGCUAACUCAGGCCACAUGUGAAAAAGGGCCACAAACUAGGGCUCGAGGGGUUGACCUAGCAACUAUGCAAGAUAUGUUGGAUUCAAAGGAAUAGAUUCUGUUGUGGUAGAAUUUCGUCUUGAGAUCGGAUUGACUGAAGUUACAUGGCAGUGGCAGGUCGAUGAUGGCGAUCAGAGGUGGCUCCGGUGAGGAUCUUCCGACGUUCAAAUCAGAAUUCUGGACAACAGAGGAAAGAGGUGAGCAUAUUGGAAGGGAGGAGUUUUCAUAUCUUGGGGUCUCCUAUGGGCCUUUAUUUGUAGGUAGAAUCUGAAGAGCCUUGAGGAGGAAGGAGAAUCAGGCGGUUAGUCUUGACUUAUCGAAUGAGAUUUGAUCGUUAUCCUUUUUUUAUUUGGAGAGAUUUAUUUGUUAUUCCUUCUUUAUCUGCUCUGCGGUCAGUUGUCAUGUUAUGGUCAUUUGAAUUUUGAAAGAGACAUUGGAUUUUUAGAUAGAUUGGGUCCGACAAAGGAGACCAAGGAUCGGGUUCCCCAAGCAAGGAUCGGAGUUACUGAGGUAAGCAAAUCAGGAGGAGUUGAUUAAGUCUAGGAUACUCAUAUGCCUCACAUCUUCGGCAAGUACAAAAUCACCUCCAAUGUAAGCCCCCUACUCUCGAGUCCAAGUCAGAAUUGGGUCAGAUAAAGGGAGUACUUCAGCUUUGCGGAAGAUAUAUCAUAUCUGUAGCUCUUGAUGAGACGAAGGAUCAUAUCAUCCUGAUGUUUGCAACUUCUUAAUGGUUGAGGUCUUCAUCGAUUUUGCUCGUUGAAGAGCGAGGGACCUUCGAGAGUCAUAUAGAUUAUCCCUCAUUUAUUACCGAAGUCGGUGAGUUAAGGGUCCUUAUAGGUUAGCCCUCCGGAGAUUCUUAUAGGUUAGCUUUCGCUUCUAGUAUGAUUAAGAUCUUUAUGGGUGUUGGUUCACUGAAAAGCGAGCACGGCCUUGGGAGAUCCUUAUAUGUUAGCCUAUGCUGUUUAGUUAUCGAGGUCUUCUAUCCAUAUCGCUUGCUAUCAAAAUUAAUGGGCUAAGGGUCUUUAUAGGUUAGCCCUUCGAAGGUUCUUAUAGGUCAGUUUUUGCUUCUCUGUGAUUAAGGUUUUCAUGGGUGUUGGUUAGCCGAAGAUGUGGGGCAUAUGAGUAUCUCAGGCUCGGUCAGUCCCUCUUGAUUUGCUUACUUUGGUAAUUUUGACUCUUAUUUGGCUACGGAUCCGAUCCUUGGUCUCCUUUGCCGGACCCAACUUGAUCUAAAAAUCCAGUAUCUUUUUCAAAAUUCAAAUGAUCAUAACAUAACAGCUAACCGCAAAAUAGAUAAGAAAAAAAUAAUAAACAAAUAUCUCUACAUAAGGGAAGGAUAACGGUCAAAUCUCGUCUAAGUGAAGGCUGACCGCUUGAUUCUCCUUUCUCUUCAAAGCUUUUCAACUUCUGCUUGUAAAUAAAGGCUCACAAAGAACCCUCAGGGUAUGAAAACUCCUCUCUUUCAACAUGCUCGCUCAUUUUCUCUGUUAUCCAAAAUUCUGACUUAAAUGUUAGAGGAUCUUCGUCGGAGCCACUUUCAGUCGGAGAUUUUUCUUAUAAGUCUUGCCGCCGCCGCCGUCCAACUCCAGUCAAUCUAAUCUCCAGAUGAAAUUCUAUCAUCCAAAUUUGGUUUUGAAGUAAUAGAAGACAUACCUAAAUUUGAUUUAGUUAGAGUUUGAGAACUCACUCUAGUAUAGCUUAAUUAGGGUCAUCCAAUUUUGAACAUGAUCGAUAAUGGCUAGAGAACCAAUUCUAGUUUCGGUUCACAUCUAGUUAGAGUCAAAGAACUACCUCUAGUCACAUCAAGGAGAGGGCCACUAGGACCAAGGGGUUGAGUUGGUUACCAUGUACAUCUUGGUUUCACGGUCUAGAUUGGUAUAAAGUAUGAUUCUAUGAUUUGAUACUUCAAGCGUCCAAAUUGAGUAUGGAUCAUUGAGACAGCUUGACUUAAUUUGAUUGAUCAAGUUUCAUUUUAUAUCUCGACCCCCAAUUGAAUUUGGCAGCCAUGAGUUUUCGUGCUCAAUUAAUUCGUCGUAGUCUUGGAUUUUGAUUCCCUUCACAUAUGUUAAUUCCGAUUUGAACCUCUUUCUUGAACUUGUAACCAUUUUCAUGGACAUAGGUUUAGACGCUCAGGUCUAUUUGAAACUUAUUUGAUUUCUUCUCUCUCUUUUAGUAUCUAUGUGGAUUUAAUCUUCUGUGGCUUAGCUCUAAUGUCUUUAGGUUUGAGUUGAGUCCGUGCCCUUCCUGAUGGACCUAACCCGUUAUUAACUAACCAUCAAGCUUACCCAAGUUUGUUGCCAUUUCCUUGAAACCAACUCAUAUGUCCAGCCUCUCGGUUACAUUUAACCAUUUUGAUUUGAUUCGGAUCCUUUAAUGGAAUAGUCUCUUCUUAUGGUUUAUUUAGAUACAAUCUUGGCUGGUAUAGAUACAUCCAUAUCUUGAUUCUCAUUUUACAGAUAGUGUACUUAAUUAAAAGGAUCUACGCUACCUGAAUUCGGAAACAACCUUGUUUCAGGGGGAAAAAAAAAUUUGUAGUCGUAUUUCUUUUUGGAGUCUCCCUUGAACCGCAAGUACCAGAUUUUUUAUAAAUAUCGAAUGAUCCCACAUUCUGGUCCCUCGAACAUGCGCAUCCUUUACAAAAUGGGUCAAAUUCUUGGCUAUUCACAGAAGAGCUAAAUGUCAGACUAACAUAUCAAAAGUGUUUCUGGUUCAAGUGAUUUGGUCCAACGUUUCCAUAUUAAAUUGGUCAGUCCCACACUUAACCUGUUAAGCCGAUGGGUCAAGAGCGAAGAUUUGGUAGGCGAGCUCAUAGCAACACUUAUUUUCUAUUUAAGCGACGACGCUCACUGGAUGACCGGCUAUGUUGGUGGCAGCAGCGGCAGCGAGGACAAGGCCACGCUCCCACUCCGGCCUCGUCCGCGCCUUCCUCCUCGAGAGCGCAGCGAUUGACUGCACGGGAUUUGCUCGACUCGCCGGUGGAGAGGGACCGGACCCGUUACAGGCUCGGCUGGUUUCCGAUGUUGUCGCGGCGGCAGAGGCUUUCGCCGGGGUGAGUGAGGAAGAAUGGAUCGGCAUUUCGGCGGGCGGAGAUAUGCCGGGAUCUGCGAGGCGAUGCGGCAGACGGUGAUGGUGGCGGACGUGGCCCGUCGAUCCCUCUGGAGCCAGGGGCUCUACGUGCUCGAGGACCGUUCGUUCGGGAGACCGGACAGCUAGGGUUCCCUUAGCUCGGUUGAGGGAGCGGAGCGCUCGCUUCCUCCCCUUUUCUCUGACACGCCACAUCACUCCUUGUAUUUCACUAAUUCCCGAUUGCAUAUGCUCCGAGAUUUGCCCUGGUCUACUUGGUCCAUGCGAUUCUCUUCGGCAUUAAGGCGCGACGUGCUCUCCCCACUCUCUCUCUCUCUCUCUCCGUGCUUCUUUCUCCGCGAGAGGGGAGGCGAGCAAUGUUUCUUCUUGAAACAAAAAUCAUAUGGGGCGGGCACUAUAAAAUAUCAUGUGGAGGCGGACUUCAUAGUUUGCCACGUUUCUUCUUCUUCUUCUUCUUCUUCUCCUUCGGCUUCUUCCCCUCCUCCUCCUCUAUCGAUAAGGCGAGGCAGCUUUGGAAGGUCUGUUGUUCCGUAGACAACCGGCAUGCAGCCAUCGUUAGAUGGAAAGGAGAAGAAGACAUGCGGGGAGGGAUCUUUUCCCCAGGUUGGCUUCUAAAUUUCUUUCUCAAGAUUGGCUGGAUUCUCUUUCUUGUUCUUCUUCUUAUCCUUGGUGUUGCGGCCAAUCCCCUCGUCGCCUCGUCGCCGGGAACGAGCGUCUGCAAAAGAAAAUCUACUGACCGAAGGUCGCUCCGGCGGGGACCCUCUGACGGUCAAAUCAGAGAGGAGAUUAGGCAACAGUGAAAAGAAAAUAAGGAGUUCAACGAAAGAGGGAGAGAGGAGAGGUUCAGUGGUUUCGAAUCGAUCUCUAGCACUGUUGCCUUCUCCGAUAUAUACAGUGGAGCAUGGUAUGGCACCGUCAUUAAUGACACGGACAAUUGAAGAAUUGUCAACUCACUGAGGACUGUCAGAAUCGCCGUGAGUCAUCGUGAGGGUGUCAAAUCGUUAGGGUUGACCCAUGCCUUAGGUGGGAUAAUGCCCCUAGGCGGCAGUGCCGCAUGCUGUUGUCGGGGCUGACAGUUUCUGACAGCCGUACAGCAUCUGAGGGAGCCGAUCGAUCAUAGGUCGGCGGCUAGUUGAGAGGCGUCGGGUGAUAACUCGGGGCCCCUCCGACAGUCAGUCGGGUGCGUCGCAAGAGUCGGACAGCGGAUUUCAUAGUGCGGCCGAUCGGGAGAGAGGAAAGGGUCUGUUUGACCGACGUAUCUUCGGUCGGUCGGUAACGGCAGCUGUCGGUCGGUCGUCAGAGUCGGGCGCUGGUCAUGUGGACCCGACAAUGAGUCGGCGUGAGUGAGGUCGGUCGGUAUUCCCCAACACUUGGUCUUCCAGGUGGGUAAUGGAGGUGAUGUUGUACUUCCUGCGAUCUUUUAUAUAUCUUCUUUGUUGCUUCUUGCUCGUCUUCUUUGUAUCGCUUCUGGGUUCUAAAUGACGAGGCUGUGAUGAUUCCUGGACGGGGAUUUCGCUAUAUUGUUGAGCGGAAAAUGAUUACUUUUCUUAAUGGCAAGGCAAUCUUGGAUGGUCUGCUUCUCUUCUUCUGCAGGCAACCGUUUGCAGCCGUUUUGAUUUUUUAGUUGCAGGGAGAAUGGUGAAUCUGAGCCUUUUUUUCCCGUUGCCCUUCUCUGUUUUUCUAAUUUUUGGGUUUUCUUUUCAAGAUCUUGUAUUUUUAAGGUUUCUUUAAUUACUUUGCUAUGAUCGGUGGUUGUGCUGUUGAAAAAUUCAUGGCAAACUAAGGUUUCAAAUUUGCUAUUUUGACUGUUGAAUGCUAGGAAAUCAUAUGCUCGCAUCAGGGUUUUUAUAACGUUCAGGGGAACUACUUCACUUACUUUAUCCACCGAUAACUGGGGUUCUGCUCUUCUUCUCUGCAUCCCUCUCUCCUUAGUCAUUCUUUAUUUUCUUUCCUUUUAACUUUCGACAAAUUGGGACUUGGAAACUCUCUAAUGCUAUCUUCUAGACCUUGAAGGAAAAUUCUUUGAAUCAUCUGACUUUUUUUUUUCUUUUUUUCUUUUUUAAUUCUCAAGCUCUCAUUCAAAAAAGUGAACUUUUGCAUGCUAAGUUGAGGAAAUUUUAUCCUUAAACAUCUUAAUAUUUUAUUUUUUGAUUUGUUUUCUAUGUAAAACAUGCCCUAUUAUUCUUUUUAAAGACUGUGUUUGGUGCUGAAUAUAAUAGUCUUGCUAUCUUUUGCAAUGAAAAAUGACUAUGGAGGUGACUUCCGUCCUAAUUUCUUUCUUGUAUUUACCAUUGUUCUCUGUGCUCUUCUGCGUCUUCUUUCUGCAUUUUAUUACUUUUUAACAUAUAUGGGCUUUCACACAAUACUGAAGCAUGAUAAAAUAAUAACUUACAUUAAGAUCUUUCCUCAAGUUACUAUGUUUGGUUCCUACUCUCAUUACUGAAAGCCCAUGGGAUCUUGUCCUGCUAUAAUUGGAUUGAUAUAAUGUAGUAAACAACAUAUACAUGCAUAUGCAUGUGUAUUCAUGCAUAUCUUCUUUGUGUUUGAUUAUGUAUGAACUUAAAUUGCUUGUGACUGAUUAACCAUGAAAAGAAAAGGUUUGUGAUCACUGAUCAGAAUUAAUUGUAAAGAUACAAUGACAAGAAAUGUUCUUCUUGAUAAAACAAAAUGCCACAUGAUUGUAAUGAAGCCUGGUCCAGGUUAAAGCAUGUUGGUAUGGCUAAAUUCGAUGAUAUAAUCCAUGAUUACUUUAGAUGUAUGUGUUGCUGCAUGGGUAAACUAUUUUGUACUAUGUAAGUUGACAUGAUAUUGUUGCUAAUUACUACAUAAGAAGAAAGACUUUGUGCUAUUUAUUGCAAAUUUGAAGGCACUGGCUCCUUUCAUUUUACGUGUGCAAGAAAAAGGACCAUUCUGUCUAACGUGUUUCCUUGUCAUUUUUUUGAGUGCUAUAAAUAAGAAUGUACACAUUAUUACACACGUAUUUGUUCUUUUCCUUGUGAUGUUCAUUUGGUUGUGUCUUAUGGGGUUACUUUAGAGAGGAUCAACAUGGGAAAAGAAUUGUGGUUGAAGGAGAUCGUAAAGAUGGUAUUGAACUAUUGAUAAUAAGUAUAACCCACUAACACAAGUGGUAUAAGUUGCUGAUGAAGGAUUGUGAAGCUGGCCUCAAGUAUUUGAGUAUAAGGCUUUUUGGUUAUGAUUAUGGUGGUCUAAGAGAAUCUAAAAUAGGUUUUCUUGUGUGUGGGCAUCAUGUGGGUAUAAACUGUACUGUACUACACCUUUUAACCUAGUAAAGUUUUAGGAUGAUUACUAUUCAAGAGAAAAUGAUUGUGCUCUCUGAACCU